UGUGUCGGGUUAAUGAUAUAUCGGCCGUUACAGAAUACAGACGGAUCCUGCGUCCCCUUAAAGCAUCUUUUGUCGGCUGCCGCCGAGCGCGAAACUAUAAACGCAGGUCGAGUUUUGACUGUAAGAAGGCACGCUGCGAGCGAUGUUGACUAUCUCUGUUUCGGGCACAUCUGCGUGUUUAGGAUUUUUCUGUCAAACCUGCAUUUCUUUCCGUACCCUCUGUGUUUGUUUUGUGUGCUAAAGUUGCUGUUCGGCCCUCGCCUAAGUGACCUGCAAACUUAGAAAGGUUCUUUGGUUCUCAUUACUCCUUGAAACAUGCCACAAGAGCUUCCGGGCUACUAUUAUGAUCCGGAGAAGAACAGGUACUUUCUUCUCAAAGGUCCAAUACCCGGCUCUACUCGUAAUUCAUCUGCUGCUACUGCCUCUUCAUCAAAUAUUGAUAAACCCAAUCAGGUGAGUGAAAAAUUGAACAUAGCUAGGAAAAAGGGAAAAACAACUGCAAAGCUGAUUCAUGCUAGGGAAUUGUAUGGUAAAGUACUCACUUUCAACAAGAGAAAGUGUAACUUUCAGCAGGAGUACGUAAAGAUACAAGUGUCAAAACCUACGGUUUGGAAAUACCAGAACACAGAUAGGAUUGCCGAUGGUGCUUUGGAGCAGUUGCAUAUUAACUUACAAACACUGGAAGGAGAAAAUGAAGCAGAUGUGUUAGUGACGGGAAGUAUGAAUGGCUGCUUGAGUCUUUUUGAAGUAGGAAAAGUUGGACAACAUUCUGAUUACGGGGUGAAAUGCAUGCCAGAUCGUGUCUGGCCUCUCACCACAGAAAACCAAGCAGAAUGCAGUAAAGUACAAGGAGACAUUUGGAGGCCCACAGGAGCUUCAGCACUUCUUGAUGGCAUAUCCUGCAUAAAGAGAAUUGGAAAGCACUCUUCACCCAUACAGCAUGUGUUGAUAGCCACUCUGGGGUCAGAAACGUUGGGGGGAGCUUUGUACGAUCUGAACCUUGAGACAUUGGAUUUCAAUCCAAGAACAUCAAUUCUCAGGAGGAUUUCUUUGGUUGCUCCAUUGAAUUGUACAAUAUGGACUGCUGAUUGCAACUCAAGUGGGACCCAAGCCAUAGUUGGAACCAACUUGGGAGCUGCCUUGGUGAAUCUAGAAACUGGAGUGCAAUCCUGGGUGUGCCGUAGUAAGAGUGAUGUCCUUUCACAACAAUUUGAUCAUUCGGGAAAUGUUGUUUUAUGCGGACUAAGGAAUGGAGCAAUUGUAACAGUAGAUGUUCGCCAGAGACAGCAGGGGUUGUCAGCUAGACUUCCUAAACAUCGAGUUCCUUACCCUUCAUAUAAAACUCAACAGUCUUCAAGAAAAAAUGUCAAGAAUCUGACUCAUCAAUGUUUCGAGCUUAAAGGAAACAUAGAUCCCUCUUGUACCAUCUUUAUGCCGUCGUCUAUUUCCAGUUUGGUUUAUCUUCAAUCCUAUGAUCAGUACUUCUUGGCAAGCUCCAUGGAUGGAUUGAUAAAACUCUAUGAUCAUCGCAUGAUCCAAAGAGGAGCUGUCCAAUUGUAUGAAGGGCAUGUAAAUUCCCACAGCCGUAUACAGCUUGGAGUUGAUCCAUCCGAGAGCUUUGUUAUUUCAGGUGGAGAAAAUGGCAAUGUAUGCAUUUGGAGCAUCAAGAGUGGUCAACUUCUCUUUGGGACUAAAAUAUCAAAUUCUGUUCCCUCAACAGUAUGCUGUGCAGAACUGCAUGGACUACCUGAUGGAAGAAACAACUCUUGGGGGACAUGGCUUGGUUCACAUGAAGGACUAUAUUUCAUGGGGCUUAAUUUGUCUUGAGGUAAAAAUGUUUGAAAGUGGAUAAACAGUGUGAUGUCUUUCCAUUCCUGGGCAAGAUCCUUAUAAACAGGUGUGGCUCCUAGCCUGUUAAAUGAAUGAAAGCAAAAUGCAAGUAGCAGUAUUUACAGUGCAGGACGUCCAAUUUUGAAUCAAUCAACUAGGUAAUGUCCAGCUCCCCGUGCCUGUUUGUAAGAGGCAAUGUCAUGUGUUACAUUUGAAUUUUAUGCAUCUUUU